AUUCCCAAACCAAAAGUAACUGCAACUCUCACUUCUCUGCUUUAUCACUCACACACUCACUCACUCACAAUCAAAGAGAAAGUAGAAACCGUAUUCUUUCUUAACAAAGCCUCAACUAAACACUACUCUCUAUUUUCCCACUUUCCAUUAAUGGAGCUUAGUAAAGUAACAUUAGAAAUAUUCACAAAACUCGAACAACAAUGGCUCUCACUCUCACCCUGCAAAACCACUUCCAAAACUCGCAUACUCAGCAUUGACGGCGGAGGAACCACCGCCAUUGUCUCCGGUGCUGCCUUAAUCCACCUUGAGGACCAGAUCCGCUCACAAACCAACAAUCCUCACGCUCAAAUCACCGAUUACUUCGACAUCAUAACCGGAACUGGCAUUGGCGCAAUACUCGCCGCGAUGAUCACCGCCGAUGACGGUUUCGGCAGACCUCUGUACACAGCCAGAGAUGCUGUCAACUUCAUCACCGAAAGGAAUCACGAAUUUUAUAAGGCGAAAACCGUCGGAGUUUUUCGCCGGCGUCGGAGAUUCUCAUCCACGAGCAUUGAGAAUUUGUUGAAGCGAGUUUUUCAAAGAAAAGAAAACAAAGGAAAAUCGUUGACGUUAAAGGACACGUGUAAGCCUCUGCUUAUUCCUUGCUUCGAUCUAAAAAGCUCUGCGCCGUUCGUUUUCUCACGAGCCGACGCGUCCGAGUCCCCGAGUUUCAACUUCGAGCUAUGGAAAGUCUGUCGCGCCACGUCAUCAACUCCAAGCUUAUUCAAACCGUUUCAAUUCUCCUCCGUCGACGGAAAAACCUCUUGCUCAGCCGUAGACGGUGGUCUUGUGAUGAACAAUCCAGCCGCUGCAGCCGUCACGCAUGUUCUCCAUAACAAACGCGAUUUCCCGGCGGUGAACAGCGUCGAGGAUCUGAUGGUUCUGUCCAUCGGAAACGGAGCUCCGGCGAAUAGAGUUCGUGAUGUUCGUGAAUGUUCGACGUCGACGGUUGUUGACAUUGCUCUCGACGGCGUAUCGGAAACCGUUGAUCAGAUGUUAGGAAACGCUUUCAGUUGGAACCGUACUGACUACGCCAGAAUUCAGGCGUUUGGUUUAGGAGAAAAGGGAAGUUGGGAAGAAACGGAAGUGUUGAAUGAGAGAGUGUUGGAGUCGUUACCGUUUGGUGGGAAACGGUUACUACAAGAAAGUAACGGUAACAGAAUUGAGAGGUUUGUGCAACGUCUUGUUGCUACUGGAAAGUCUAGUUUACCACCUAGUCCUUGUAAGGUUACGCCGUUAGUUUCUUGCUAACGGAAGGGUCCUUUUUUGACGCUGUAACUUUUAUUAAUUGAGGUUAACUUUGUAUGAAUUAAGAUCAAUGUUAUUUAUGUUUUUUUAUUUAA